CUCUGACUCAGGUAACCCAGACCUAUAUGCUGUCUAUAGGGUUAACAGGCUUAAACGAAACUUGUUUUUUGAAGAAAACGUUUUUCCAUCGAAAACUCUUUCAUUUCACGGUGACAACCCUUUGUGAAUAUUGUGAUAAUCAGCCAAAGCUUUGAAACAAGGCAACCUGAAUAGUUCAAGUUUGGCGUAUUACCAAUGAUGUGGCAUGCACACAUCCAAGUAUACGAACUCAUGCGCCGCGCCAAGCGGAACUACUUUCUCUUUUCAUCGAACUCUGGGAACUGAUUCGGUGAUGCACUUGUUUGAGUUCAUGUGUGAUGCUGUUAGUUACCGUAUGAUAUCAACCAACUGAAUUCAGGUGAAAAUGACGGACAGUCCCGAAACGCUCCAGGGGUAUGAAGAACAGUUCGCUUGUAGGUUCACAUCAGAGGACGUGGAGUACCAAAAAUAUGUUCAGCAGCCUGUGAAUCCACCACCUAUUGUUGAAGAUUGGAGAGGUCGUAGUGGAGGGGGUUACCAACGAGGCAGGGAUAACCGUUAUCAAGACCAGAGACCAUACAGGGGCCGGGACAGAGAUCGCGGCUGGGGAGGGUCUGAUCAGCGGGGUCCACCGCAGGAGCGGCGCUGGGGUUCAGGUGGACAGUAUCAAGGCCAACAUAACUCCUAUAACCAGGGCUACAACUCAAGCAGUCAGAGACGCUAUGAGCGUUACUGAUAUCAGAUGGUGUCAAAUUCUGCAUAGGUUGCGGUGAUGCAUUUUUCAUCACGUAGUUUCUUUGAAAGGCAGUAUUAACUUCAUCUCAUGAACAGAUGCAUUUUGUUUCCAUUAGUCAUCUUUAUUGUCUGAAAAACUAAACAGGAGUUUCUUUUUCUCUGAAACUGAGUUAAAUUGGCCAAAUAGACUGUGUGGUAUGCAUUGACAACCUACUGUUGAAAAUACUACAAUAUAUUGUUUUUGGACUUGUUUUGUGACAAAUAUACAAUGUUUUCAACCAACACUGGGAGGACUUGCUGUAUACUACUGUAAAACAUUUGUGUUUCCUUUCUUUCUCUCCCAUCUACUGUUGGUUACAUGGACUUCAAUGGACCUAAUGUCAGUUUUACCCAUGCAGUUGGGAUUUAUUUGAGCUCAUCGUCACGUUAAAUCAGAAAUUGUUAUCGACUGCAUUCAGCUGGCCUGGAUAUCUACCCAAGCACAGAGAAUAAAGGUUAAUACAAAAGGGCAGAGUUGUGAGAGGUAUGUGGUUGCCAGAGAGAAAAAUAGCUGUUGCUUAUUAGAGAGCCUAUUCUUUUUGGAUAUGAAUAAACAUGUAUACUGACCGUA